UGGUCGUAGCUUCGCCCAUCGCUAGUUGUGGGCUGCCCAUCUCUAUUCGCGUCUUUGGACAAAGAAAACUACGACAUAAUUUUUUUUUAAGCGCAAAAAAUUCUCAUUUUCUGAGUGAAAAUGGGCAGGAUGGCACGCAUGCGCAGAGGCGAAAAGAGGGGCACCAACAAGGCUAAUAUAUCAUCAUCAUCACCACCGAUGUUACCAUCUGAAAUGGCCAGUGACUCGAAAGCAGAAACGAAACCAAAAAAUUCAAAGAAAUCCGGAAGUGGAGCUGUAAAAGCAACACAGGAAUUACUUACCGGCAUUGAGCGCCACAGGUUGGAACUACUAGUCAAUGAAUUUGUACGCGGUCAAUUAGACGAUCAAGAGAUGCCCGGCCUGUCGACAGCCCAACGUGCCCAUGUCCAUCGGUUUGCCCAACGAUAUGGACUGAAGACGCGUACGCAUACCAAGGAUGGCCAGCGUGUGUUGUGCAUCAUCCGCAAAGAAACCUCAAAGCUGCAAAUCUGUCAGGCCAAAUCUCAGCUGACAAUAAGUGUCGGUAUGAUGGAGUAUCUGGCCGAGUUUUUGCCUCGCUUAGAACGACGUGGAGUCAAACAGUGUCAGCUAAGAGCUUGGCCCCAGAAUGGACUCAAUGGAUAUGGAUUGGUUAGUCCUGCCCUAAUACCACCACCCAAUAACUGUUUUUCCAGUGCGAUGAGGCAAGAACGCUUUGAGCUGCCUAUUUCGGCUCAUAAAUCAAAAAUACUCGAACUAUUAAAGUACUCUCAGGUUCUUAUAGUCAAUGGAGCUACUGGCUCGGGCAAGUCCACUCAAGUACCGCAGUUUAUACUCGAAAAUGCUACGGAUAAGCGUCAGCCAGUGCGCGUUGUGGUCAGCCAACCACGUCGAGUGGCGGCCAUCACUGUAGCCGGCCGCAUUGCUCAGGAGAGGUCUGAACAACUUGGCCAAACGGUGGGCUAUCAGAUCCGUAUGGAAAGUAAAUGCUCUGCCAACACGGCCCUCGCGCUAACUACCAGUGGCUGCUUACUCCGCGCCUUGGCCAUGGAUGGGAAGAAAUUCUUUGCGCAUACGUCUCAUCUGAUUAUUGAUGAAGUCCAUGAACGAGAUUUAGAUACGGACUUCUUAUUGCUGGCCGCCAAAAUUGAAUUGCAACAAAAUCGCUUCCUCAAGUUGAUUCUCAUGUCGGCCACCAUGAAUCUAUCUGAUUUGUCCGCAUAUUUUGGCAAUGCUCCGGUCCUGGAUGUUGAGGGACGCAGCUUCGGCGUACGCAUUUGGCAUUUAGAACAAAUUCUACAGAUAACUGGCUACAUGACACCCAUGAUGAGGCGAGAAUUAGAGGCCAAUAAAGACGAAGAUGCCGAAGAGAAAAAAGGAGAUUUUCAUAUCCCAUUCGAAGAAAGAAAGUUCGACAGUGACCAACUGGUGGCCGCUUACAAUAAGACUCGGUUGGUGCCAGAAAUUGAUAUUGAUUUCGAUCUGAUUGUGUCGCUGCUGGAUUUACUCCUAAGGAUUGGACAACAGGGCGCUGUCAUCGUGUUUUUACCAGGAUAUCAUGAUAUGAUUGUUUUGUUAGAUCGCCUGGAACGGGAACUGCCGCGACGGAGUAUAAAGACGCAUUUACUUCACAGCCAAAUGGACACAGCUCAACAGAAAUCCGUGUUCCAAGUCUACAAAAACGUCCAGCUAAAGGUCAUCUUGAGCACCAAUAUUGGCCAAACUUCCAUAACGAUACCCGAUUUAUUGUAUGUGAUCGAUUUGGGUAAGGCUAAGAUAAAGGCGUACGACCCCUUUACCGAUACCUCGCACUUGACGUGCACAUGGAUCUCCCAGGCAGAUGCGAAGCAGAGGGCAGGUCGCGUGGGUCGCAAGCAACAUGGCAUAUGCUAUCGCCUCUAUAGCAGCGAGAGAUUAGAAAUGAUGAGCGAAUACGUAAUACCAGAGAUGCAGCGUCGCACACUGGACGAGAUUUGUUUGCUAACCAAGGUGGCUGCUCCAAAGAUGCCAGUGGCCGAGUUUCUAUCGAAUGCCUUGAAUCCGCCACAGGGUGAAACCGUCGUUCAGUCCUGUAACCGUCUGAAGCUCCUUAACAUUCUACGCGAUGAGGACGAACAAAUUACGGAUCUAGGUAAAAUCAUAUCGAUGCUUCCCUUGGAUGUGCAUCUCGGCAAGUGUUUGGUCUAUUCCAUUUAUUAUCGAUGUCUGGGUACUAUGACCAUCAUAGCCGCUUACUAUUCGGUCCGCGAUCCUUUUGUGCUGACUGCAGACAAUAGUCAGAAAGGCAAACAGCAAGCUUUUCGCCAGCACUUGGGAGCGGACAUGCUCAGUGAUUCCCUGGGUAUUGUCAAAUUGUAUGAGGAGUAUUUGGAUAUCUAUUCAAAGAAGCGCUACGAUGCCCAGCAUUAUUGUGAGCAGAACUUUGUGUGCCGACAGUCCAUGGACAUGUUCAUCUCGGCAGUGACCACUCUACGUGAGUCGGUGAAACGCAUCUUUCACCUAAGCUACACUUCCGAGUGUAACGUGGGUGCCUAUGACUCCGAUUUCGAUAUGGUGCGCUUAGCUCUAACCGCCGGACUCUAUCCAAAGCUGGCUUUUGUCGAUCGCUCCAAAAAGGGCGCUCUCGUGAGCGAAACUCAUCCGCUUUUACACUUUUCGCGAAACUCAUGCCUCCAUGUACGCUUUAAUCGUAAGAAUCUUAGAUCGCUGCCCAACGAUUGGAUUGUUUAUGUGGAGAAGUCACGCUCAUGGGAUGGCGGAGUCACGACAAUUGAACAAACAACCUCAAUAAGUAGUCUUAUGCUUGCCCUGGUCGCCGGCAAAGUAAUUAAACUGGAAGAGGAACCCAAUGAAAAUUUAAAUACGGACGCAAACUCCAGCUCUGAGCAAAUAGCGAGCUAUGCAAAUUCCUAUAUCUAUAUAGAUGAUUGGAUAAGGAUCACAGUGGACCAUGAAUUUGGGCAACAUUUGCUUCGUUUGCGGUCUCAACUCAACCUUGAACUUGCCGAAAUGUUAAAGAGCCGUGAAAUGUCGCAGUCGAUGCAUUUAAAUGGUCCCGAAUUGGUUCAUUAUUUACUUCAAUUGCACUCAGACAUGGCGCCAGCCAAAAACUCUAUCAAAGACAACGAUUUGUCAACUUAAGUUUUAAAUGUAUUACAUUUUCUAGUUUUGAAGUGGGUUUUCACUCACUUUGUAAGUAUUGUAAGGAAAAAGUGAAUUUGAAAAGCGGCUUUAAUUUGCUGAGAUUAUAAUUAUCAAUUUGAAGAACAUUUUCGUAUACAAGUUAAGUUACUUUUCUAGUCUUAGCUAGGCAGCUACAAUUGUAUUAGAUUAUUUAUCAUAUGUUCCUUAUGAAUAUAUAAAUUUGAAAAGAGGCUUUAAUUUGCUGAGAUUAUAAUUAUCAAUUUGAAGAACAUUUUUGUAUACAAGUUAAGUUACUUUCCUAGUUUUAGCUUGGCAGCUACAAUUGUUUUAAAAUUCUUGUCAUAUGUUCCUUAUACAUAGUUUUAUGUUACAAUAUAAAUAAUAUGUACAUAAUUGUAUACCCUUUGGUACAAAAGAUAUCGCUAUAGGAUUAUACAAAUCUGUAUGUACAUACAUAUGACAAAACGUGAUUGCCCAAAGUACUAUUUGAAAAUAUAUAAAGUUGUAUAUGAAAUGGAUAUAGUAUAGUAUGUAUUUAUUAGUCUGUCUAUUUAAACUGAUCUCCUCACUCACUAGCAGCUCUCAAUGUACUUACAUAUACAUUUAUAUAGAUCGGAUGAUUACAGGAAUUCAAUUUUCUUUUGAAUUUUUCUUGAUAUUCAUUAGAUUUAUAUGUGUCCUUUCAAAUGAUAUUACCAAAUCUUAUUAAUAAACUUAAUGUAAUUGAA